ACAGCCAUUCAGAUGAUCCACACAGCAGCAGCAGCAGCAGGAAGAAGACACCUGUGGCAAGGCUGUUGAUGGUUCUUUGAGGACACUCAGUCUAGGCUUUCUAAUGUUGAUAUGGACCCACCCUACAGGGGUUUGGGUCGCUGUGUGUACUGUUUCUGGCUCGCAGUAUCUUUUGACAUUGUAGGACUCGCCAUCCUGCUGAUAGGAGUGUUUGCGGAUGUGUUUUUUUAUGAUUUGCUCAUCUAUGCGGGGGCCAUCGUCAUCUUCCUCAGCCUCAUCUGGUGGGUUUUCUGGUACUCGGGUAACAUCGAGGUGCCUCCGGCAGAGUUGGAGGAUGAUGUCGGGUUGUUGAAGAAGAACAAGGGUGGUGGUGUGAGCGCCAUCAGCGGCGCGGUGAGACGCUUCUCCAGCCGCGUGUCCAACAGCAUUAGGAGCUCGUUCCGUGGAAACGGAGGGCCGCCCGCGUCCCGCACGGCCCGGGCGCAGAGGUCAGCAGGCAGGCAGACAGUGGCCUCCCAGGCGGAGCAGACGGUGGUUACCAUGACAACGAUGACACUGCAAGAGGAUACCCCUCACACCAUCUCAGGACCUGGCUGUGCUGUGGGAAUGCAGCAUGCCACGACAGAGACUUUACCCACAUAGUGUGACCCGUCCACAGGUGAGACCCCACUCAUAGAAUAAAAUGCAGCCAUUUUGAGGCUCAUAUCAGUCCUUAGAGGAAAAUUAAGAGUGUUUGUGUGUCACUGAAACAAUACUGUUAACAUUCCCAUACACUUUUAAAAAAACAAUUCAGUUUAAUAUUUCCUCACCAAGCCAAUACAAUGGCUGAACAUAUGACAUUAUAGCUUAAUUUAACUAAAUACUAACAGAGUUUCUCCAAUCAUAGUUUUGUUUACUUUGAAAUUAAAUAAUUUCCUUUUUUAUUUUGGGAGAUUAACACCAAGAAAUCAAAGUCCUGUUUGAAGUUUUUUAGUUUAAAAGCAAUAAAUAUGAUUCUGUUACAUUGAUCAUUUAUAUUUAAAAUCAAAUUCAAGAAUCUGAAAUAUGAGGAUUGAAGGGAUAUUCUGGUGUAAAUUUAAUUUAGGGUCAAACACACCUUAACACCGAGUUAGACACCCCCUCGAAAGACGAAUGUUGCAGACCAUUUGCUUCUCUAGUUAUACCAACUUUAGUAACGACCGCACAAUAGCAAUACACAGCAGUCUGAGGAGUCUUAAACAAACCUCAACCAAAAUGCCACUCUAUAGCCACAAAUAAUGCUCAGAACAGCACCUAACUUCAUCAACAGUACAUAUAGGGUCCCAGCCAUAGCACUAGCCACCAAACAUCUUUUUAACUUUGCCUGAUUUCUUUAGCAAAGAGACUAAACACAACUCACCUACUCUCUUCCAGCAGCCGCUUGUUUGUAUGGAGACCUCGGGCUAGUCCAUUAUGUACUACAGUGGGGUGACACAGCUCAAGGAAGAACAUUUAUGAUCAUUUCUUUAUCAUCUCCUUGAAGUAAUAAUCACCAUAUUAAUCAUUUUGUACUGCAGACGCGGUAGUUCUGCCUUAGUGUCUCGGUCUGAUUGUAUUUCCAUGAAGAAUUGAUCAUAAAUGUUCUUCCUUGAGCUGCGUCACCCCACAGCAGUCGAUGAAUUUGCCCAGAGGUCUCCGUACAAACAAGUGGCUGCUGGAAGAGAGUAGGUGAGUUGUGUUUAGUCUCUUUCCUAAAGAAAUCAGGCAAAGUUAAAAAGAUGUUUGGUGGCUAGUGCUAUGGCUGGGACCCUUUAUGUACUGUUGAUGAAGUUAGGUGCUGUUCUGAGCAUUAUUUGUGGCUAUAGAGUGGCUUUUUGGUUGAGGUUUGUUUAUGGAUCCUCAGACUGUUCUGUAUUGCUAUCGUGCGGUCGUUACUAAAGUUGGUGUAACUAGAGAAGCAAGCGGUUGGCCAAAUUCAUCUCUCAAGGGGGUGUCUAACUCGGUGUUACUGUGUGUUUGACCCUAAAUUAAUUUUACGCCGGAAUAUCCCUUUAAGCUUCACUGAGGAUGUCCCCCCCUGUAUUUGUACACCACGUUUCAGAGCUUGAUUGUGUUUCAUGCUUAACUCAGAGAGCUAUCUGUGGCAAUGGUGGUAAAAAUUCUUAUCAGUGGGUAAAUGAUUCACCACAGACAGCGCCCACUACAAAACAAGCUCUCUGUUUAAACAAUACCAGUCUCACAUGCAACUUCCUUCAAACCUCAUUAUCCCCAAACUGAAAAUAUCAGAAAAAAAAACAUGCCUCUUGAAUUUCUCUUCAUGUUCUUUGUUUGUCACCGGUCCUCCCUUCAAAUUAUUUGGUGAAGCAAACCUCCAGAAACUGAUAACACCUGAUAUCACCAAACAGUGGGGACAACCAGAUCAUGUACUUUUAUUGCUACGGUGCAUUUUAACAGCAACUGCUGCAGUUCAACAGCCAAUGAGAAUGUCCAGGUUACUGAGAUGGGUCAGAGGUGCAAGUUGUAUGAAACACAGAAGUAAAAUACAGUCUGUGUUCUCAGACUAAACUUAUAAUCCAGUACAACGCCCUGAGCUGAAUCACUGGCUCUAAGAAGCAGCUGCUUUUAAAGUCCUCAUUUAUUAUAAUUCUGUGGUUUUGGCUUGUAGCUCAUGGAAAUUCAGUGUCUCACAUGAGUAGAGUCAUUCCUGAAAUCAAUCAAACUAAAGGUUUAAAUAUACAGGCACAUCCCAGUCUGUAAGAGUAUUGUGUAAAACAGCAUAGUCCGUCAGAUAUAUAUAUAUAUAUAUAUAUAUAUAUAUAUAUAUAUAUAUAUAUAUAUAUAUAUAUAUAUAUAUAUAUAUAUAUAUAUAUAUAUAUAUAUAUAUAUUUAUAUAUAUAUUUAUAUAUGUAUUUUUAAUGAACAGUUUACAUAUUGAAAAAUAACAUUUCUGUCCCUAAUUAUCAUUAAAAUUAAGGUAUUUAUGCUCCCAAAAUCUGGUCUCCUUGAACAGCCCAGGUUAAACUCAGCUAUCUGAUAUGUCAACACAAUAUAAUCCAUUAAUCUUCAAACAUCAAAAUCAGUCAUUUCAGAGAUUUAUUAUGUGUAUGGUGGUUCAAAGUCCACUUUAAGACUGCCUGCAGUGGUUUGAAGGGAAAAGAAAGAGUGAGGCCAACAGGGUGGAGUCUUAUAGACUUGGUGGGUGUGGUCCAGGCAGGUUGAGAUGCAUGUAACAGACCUGUGAUUUAACACAUAUUCUAGACUCCUCGUGUGCAAUUUACACUAUUUCAACCAUUUUCUAUCAUGGCCCAUGGUCCCAAAAUUUAGAGAUUACACGAGGAUAAGCCACAGAGAGGACUGGCUGUUCACUGAGUGCUGGACCGAAUCAAAUUCAUGGAAAGUUCACUGGAAGGGGAGAGUUUGGGAGGAAAAAGUGCACAAGCAACAGAGAUGACUAAAGCCUUGAAGAGAUUGUCAAAAAAAGCAGAUUCAAAGACUUUGGUGAGCUCCGCAGGAGUGGACUGAGGCUGGUGUUAGUGUAUCAAAAGCUAAGAAUCUGAAGUGAGGGAGGCACAGAAUCCGAUAAGUGGGAUAUUUGUCAAGAGGGAGAUGAGAAACACCUGACCAAAAAAUCCAGACCAGCUGAAGGCCGCUAUCAAAGCAGCCUGGGCUUCAAUAAUGUCUCAGCGGAGUAGAGAUGCAGGAAUUCACGGUAAAGGAGCCAACUGACGACUGAGGUGUAAAAAACAGAGUGAACUUUCCUGUCUCUAAUCCUUUCAAGAAAUAUAUAUUCAUGUUUGGAUAAUCUUGAAUGGUUCUCUGAUUUUUAUGAGCUAUAGGCAAAGUGAUGAAAUUUAGGUAUUUCAUUUUGCAUGCCACAAAUGAAAAAAAAAAUCCACCUUUUUAAUUUAAUAUCCUAAUUAAAAUUAAAUGAAACUCUAAAAUAAAAAUCCUGAAGCCUUGGUUCAACUGUAGUAAAGCAGUAAUUUUUCCUUUCAUGCUCCUGCCCCUGUAAACCUCAAACAGUCUGAUUGAUUUCAGGCACAGCUUGUAAUUUUUUACUGAUUCUAAAUGAAUUCCCAACAAAUUUAGACUGAUGUCUGAUCACAGCCCAGUUUUACCACUGUAAAAACUUUACAUACUGAAAUAUAACUAUUGUUGGCACUCCUCCUCGCUUUUUCACUCAUUGACCAAGCCAUGAAAGAGUCCAUGAACAGUCCAUGCCUCAGUGAAUUCCUGGAAACUAGUUAUACAGGGGGAACAUUGGAUUUCACACAUGAUGGGAAAUUCCAAGAUAGUUCUUAGAAGACACAUUGAAAGUAAAGGUAAAAAAUCGGAUAAAAGUGAACUUGCCUAACUUUUUCAAUGUAAGCCAAAGAAAAACAUUUCAUAAUUCUGUAAAAUGCAAGUACAGUUUGGAAGAAGUAAAUCUGUUUGUCUUUAAUAAACAUCAUAAGACUAUGUGAAUGGUUGAAUUAAUCAUGAUCAUUCUUUCUUUCUGAUCAGAUCCUGUAAGACUCUACGUUCUAUGUCCAGCCUCAUCUGCAAGAUCUCCACAGUCUACCUACUGAAGACCAGCUUUGCCAGAACUCUCUCAGACCUCAGUUUCUGCCUAAACCUGCCAGUUUCCAAUAAACCUCAUUGUACAAAUAUCUCAGUUGUCCUGUCUGCUUUUGAGUACUUCAAAAUUACAAAUCUUAAGAGAUAAUUAAAAAAAUUAUAAAAUAUAUUUUCAAUCAAUUUUCUGUUUUGAUUUGUAAGAGUUGAUGAGAAAAACUAGGCAGUAAUUGUAAAAGUCA